UGAUUGUAUUGUACCACUACACAACUAGAUAGUAGUGUAUCUUGAGUGAGUGAGAAGAGUAUAUAGUAGUGUGUGUUUCUUGCCUGAGAGAGAGAGAAGAUGGCUAUGGGAAGAGGCAGUGCGAUAGUUGUUGCUAUAAUGGUAGUGGCUAUGCUUAUGGUGUCUCAAGUGGCCGAAGCUGCCACCUACACGGUGGGCGGCUCCGGCGGCUGGACCUUCAACGUCGCCACUUGGCCCAAAGGCAAGCGCUUUAAGGCCGGCGACACCCUCGUGUUCAACUACAACUCGGCUAUUCACAACACCGUGCCGGUGGGCAAGACCGGCUACAACAGCUGCACGGCCCCUUCGACCGCCAAAGCUUUUCAAACUGGGAAAGAUCAGAUUAAGCUCAAAAAGGGACAGAAUUUCUUCAUCUGCAGUAUUCCUGGCCACUGCCAAUCUGGAAUGAAGAUUGCUGUUAAUGCUGUGUGAUUUUGUUAUACAAUGUCAAAUUAAUCUCCCACUAUUUGAUGGAGAGGUAUUAAUAAAUUAUAAUGUAGUGUUUUACUAUAUAACUAAUUAUCAACUUUCGUUUUUUGAGU